AUGGCAGUCACAAUAUUGCAUUUCAAUGAAAGUAUGUUUGAAACGAUUGUAGCAAUAAGAUACAGGUUAAAUUUACCAACAAUGCCAGAAAUGAUGAACAGAUAUUUCAGAAUGUAUGAUACAACAAAAGAUUUAAUCAAAGCAUUCAAAAAUUCAAAGCAAGUUCAAAAAAAGUUUGCGGCAUUAAGAGCUAUAAAGAGAGGUCUUCAAGCUACCGCUGAUCGUAUUACUCUUAAAUCACAUAAAUAA